UCAGCGAUUCCGACACCAAGAAACUGUCGGUUAGAGUCGUCCACCCGGGAUUCCCUCACGGUGGCCUGGGACCAGCUGGACGCCAUACCAGGAGGGUCGGUGGAAGUGGCCAUUUUUGCACACGGCAACGACCAAGAGCCUGUACAGCGUCAAGAAGUGGGCUGCGAUCAGACCGUUGUCAGGACAGAUGGACUGAGAGCUGGAACUAAGUACGACGCUCGAGUCCGGGUUGUCAGCGGGGAGCUACGGGGACCACAAGUGGUGAUUGAGGCCAAGACUGAGAGCCUUUGGGCAUCAAUUCCAUGGAAGUAUAUCCUGGUUAGCAUUCUUGUUGCUGUUGUUGCUGUUGUUGCAGUCCUGGUGAUUGUGUGGAUAAAAUCUACAGAUGAAAGAUGUCUCUAUCCGAAGUAUAUCCUCAAGGAUGCUGCCAUGAAGACCAAGCCCCAUUUAUUUGGCAGAGAGGAAGACAUUGCAAAUCUAACCAUAAUCCUAGAGAAGAAUAGUGUAUGUCUGGUGAGUGGCCUGAGUGGGGUAGGAAAAACAGCACUGGUAAAGGAAUACAUGUAUAGGAAUAGCGACAAUUAUUCAGCUGGCAUCAUUUGGAUAACAUCAUACGAACAAACCAACUUUCUAUUCGUUGAUGUGUUGCGCAAAGUAGAAGGUUGCGAUCCAAUAGUGUACGACUAUCGGGAUAAAAAUUUUGAAUGGAUGGCUGAAUACUUAAGCAAAACUUUACUUGUAAAGUAUAUAGGGAAGUUUCUUUUCAUUUUUGACAAUGUAGAAACUUCUAAGAAUGCUACUGACAUGUUGAAGAUUGUACCAGACAAGUCGGCAUAUACCGUUAGCUCUCAUGUGAUCUUACUGUCCAGACGAGAACUUUCUCUUCCCCACUUGGAGAAGCUCCCAAUGUUGAAGUUGCACCCUUUAUCAGAAGAGGCUGCCAUACAGCUUUACAAGUCACAAAAUAAGUCUGACAUGGGUUGGGCAGAAACUGAUUAUUUAUUUCAAAGCCUGAGUGCCCGUAUUUUCAACUUGGAUUUGCAAGACAUUGUUCAUGGCCUUGGCUACCUACCACAUGCUAUAAUCCACUACUACAAGGAGGCAGGAGAGAUGCAUCUAAACCAUGGUGUACCUUAUUCAGCAUAUAAUUCCUCAGCACUGCUUUCUUUGAGUGUACUAUCAGUUAGACUAGACCUGACAGGCUAUGGAAAGAGUGAAAAUCCAAUAGUUGAUGAAGUGAUAAUGUUACAGGAGGAGUGUCCAAAAGCUUACGACCUCCUGGUUGUGCUUUCGUUUUUCAGUCAUGCAGAAAAAGUGCCAAUGUAUGUCUUUAAAGGUAAGGAGACUGGCUGGGAACACCCCACUUUUAAGGGAGAAUCAUACUAUGAGAUGGCAGAAUGUUUAAAGAAACAUUCGUUAAUCAAAUUUGACAACAGGCUAUGUGAAAUUACCUUGAAUAGGAUAGUGACUAAUUCUGUUAUGGACACACUGGACAGUGAGAAAUCAGCAGAGCGCUAUUUCUGGACAGCUCUAGAAAUAGCAGUACGUGCAGUAGAGAGGAUACAACAGUUAGUCUUGGCGUCUUCAGAAAAUGACCCUGUAGACUGCAAAGGCACCACUAAAAAGCAGUUGACAGAGAUGUUUUUUCGUGUAUUAGGACACUCCCAUACUGUUGCCCGUAGCAGUGUUCAUAUGGGACCAAUUACUGGCAAGUACGGAAGUUGCUAUGCAAAGUCUGUGCUAUCUAAUGGGUCAUUUUCUUCAUAUCUCCAAACUGGUAUCACAAAAUCAGUAAGUUUCAUCAAUCCAGUCUUGAAUAUAUCAUCCUGGCCAGUGAAACUUACAACAAAAAGGUCUAAUAAUAAUGAACUGAUGUAUGAGUAUGAAUGGCCAAUAACUCCAAUGGAAAGUUAUGAUGAAGACUAUUUAUGA